AUGGGGCAGUGGGACGCUCUGGUGGAUGCCGCGCUCGCGACGCUGGAGGCCAGGAGCCUGCUGCGCGCCACGCGACCCAUCGCGCUCGCGCCGCCCCCCGCAACCCAACAGACCUUCGACGGGCCGGGGCCCUGGGACCGUGCCGCCGUCGAAAUCCGGCUCGACCGCGACACCCUGCAGCAAUGGCUGGCCGAAGGUGGUGAGGCGAGUGGACAUGAAGAGGAGUUGGAUGGAAAUCUGAUCCUUUUCUCAGGGAAUGACUAUAUGGGCCUCAGCUCGCAUCCUGCAGUCCGUGAGGCUUUAGUGCAGGCAGUUCGAGAUUAUGGCAUGGGGCCAAGAGGCUCGGCGUUGAUCUGUGGGUAUACUAGUUAUCACAAGUUGGUGGAGGAAUCAUUGGCAGAAUUGAAGAAAAAAGAGGAUUGCCUUCUUUGCCCUACUGGGUUUUCUGCCAACAUGGCUGUAAUGACAGCCCUGGGAAGUGUUAGCUCUCUUUUGUCCCGUGGGAGAAAACCUGCAGAGCAUGAGAGAAUUGCGAUCUUCUCAGAUGCGCUGAACCAUGCUUCAAUCAUUGAUGGGAUUCGGCUUUUGGAGCGGCAGCAAGAAGCGAUAGUGUUUGUCUACAAGCACUGUGACAUGUUCCAUCUUGAUUUCCUGCUGUCCAGUUGCUCAAUGGAAAAGAAAGUUGUUGUCACAGAUAGCCUGUUCAGCAUGGAUGGUGAUUUCGCUCCAUUACCUGAACUUGUCAAAUUACGCAGAAAGUAUGGGUUUCUAUUGGUCAUCGAUGAUGCUCAUGGGACACUUGUUUGUGGUGAGAAUGGUGGUGGUGCAGCUGAGCUGUUUGAAUGUGAAAAGGACAUUGACAUAGGUGUCGGCACCUUAAGCAAGGCCGCUGGCUGCCAGGGUGGUUUUAUAACAUGCAGCACUAGAUGGAAGAGGCUUAUUCAGUCACGAGGUCGCUCGUUCAUAUUUUCAACUGCUUUGCCGGUGCCAGUUGUUGCUUCUGUGCAUGCGGCACUCUAUGUCUCAAGGAAGGAGGGAUGGCGGAGAUCAGUGAUCUGGAGGCAUGUGCAGUAUUUUGCUUCGUUGACCAAUCUCGAGAUAACUAGUCCCAUAAUUUCCAUUGUGGUUGGAAGUGAAGAAGCAGCGCUCAGGGCUGGCAGGUAUUUGCUAAGAUCUGGAUUUCAUGUUACACCAAUCCGACCACCCACGGUGCCACCCAACUCAUGCAGGUUCCGGCUCAUCUUCCCACUUACUGUUGUUCCAUCAUUCAGUCCUUCAUGA